AUGUCGGGAUCUCCUGAAGGCAUAUACGAGCCAGGAAUUGUGGAUCCUAAAACACCUUUGUCCCAGUACACCUCCCCCUAUUGGCACAUAUCACCACAUAAACAUGCCAACCAUCAGUCACCCUGGCCCAAAGGCAUUGUUGAUAUCGUCAUAAUCGGAUCGGGCGUUGCCGGGAUGACGUUGGCUCGUACGCUCACUGCAAAACGCCCUGACCUGGAUGUCGUGCUCGUGGAUUCGCGACAACUGUGCGCUGGUGCCACGGGCCGUAAUGGCGGCCACAUCAAGACAAUGACUUUCGCCAUGUGGGCAGAGCGCAAGAAGAUCUUUGGUGUGGAGGAGGCCGUUCGAAUCUCGCUUUUCGAGGACAGCCAUCUGGAGGCGAUGCACUCUGCAAUGAAGGAAGACAACAUUGAUGCGGAUCUUGUCCUCACAGAGGGAAUCGAGGCAUACUAUGACCAGCCCACCUUCGACCGUGCUGUGGAAGCCCUUGAAGAAAUGCGUUGGUAUAUUCCCAAGCUGGCCGCCAAGCAUAUCGUCUACACGGAUUUGGACUACCUGCAAACAGAGAUGAAGUUGUCCACACGCUGUGUGGGUGCUAUUGGUCUCCCAUCCGCCUCUGUCUGGCCAUAUAAAUGGAUUACAGGAGUUUUAGGUCGGCUCAUUGAUACAAACAAGCUCAAUGUCCAGACAAACACGACGGUUUCCUCAAUUCAGGAUGAUGACGGCUCUGAGUUCGCUAUUGUACAUACCGACCGUGGCGAGAUUAAGGCGAGAAAUGUGAUUCACGCCCAGAAUGCGUGGAUUGGCCAUCUGAUCCCCGAGCUUCGACCCUUUGUGUCCCCCGUUCGAGUCAAUGUGGUGCACUUUGGAGCACUGUCGAACGACGCGCACGCAGGCGUCCCCGGUAGGUCUCCCUUCAAGCUGGAUAGUAGAUAUUCUCUUUGGCUUCGCUACGGUGAAAAAGAUUAUGACUACGUGAUCCAGCGCAACGAUGGCGGUUUAGUCGUCGGACGGGCAUGCACUGGACGCACGACAACAUCCGAUGACAGCAAGACAGACAUGUCACCCAUGCAACACUUGCGUGGCUUCGCCGAGGAAGCUCUUACCUCUGCCCCCGCUGGCUCAUCCUCUCAUAUCGACCGUCAGUGGUCCGGGAUCGUGGCAUUCACCCAAGAUGGUGUCCCCUUCGCCGGUCGCCUGCCAUUCGAGGGGCGUAAGCACCAGUGGGUGUGCGGGGCCUUUCAUGCUACUGGUAUGAUCAAGGCUUUUCGAACCUCUCAGGGUGUGGCUGCAAUGGUUCUUGGUGAGCGCCCAAGCGAUGACUUUCCAAGCUCGAUGUUAGUUACGGAAGAGCGGAUUCGCAACCUUCAGAAAUCCCUUCAGGCGGGAGGCUAUCCGGUCCAUGCACAAAAGUCAAAGCUUUGA